AUGCCAUCGCGCUGCAUGACGCAACUGAUACGGUCCACAGCCAUCGCCGUCACCGAGCGACAGUCCCUGCCGUUUCUUGUCCCAAGAGUUCCCAGGCGAGGCGUCAAGUAUGGCUGGAACACAGCCCCCAAGCGAUUCGAUCACCUCAAAUUCAACCAGGGCGAUGGCCUACCGGAGCUGAGCACGACGCCGGACGCGGCGCUGGCCCGCAAAGAUAACACGACGCCGCUGCGGACGGGCGUGCUGGCGACCAAGAAGGGCAUGACGGCGUACUUCACACGUAACGGCAAGCGGAUCCCGUGCACGGUGCUGCAGCUCGAGCAGGUGCAGGUCAUCGCACACAAGACACGGUCUAAGCAUGGCUACUUUGCCGUUCAGGUCGGCUGCGGCGAGAAGCGUCCUGCCAACGUCACGGCGCCGCUGCUGGGAUACUACGAGGCCAAGGGCGUGGCCCCCAAAGAGCACCUCGCCGAAUUCAAGGUGCGAACUGAAGACGGGCUGAUACCUGUGGGAAUGCAGCUACAGCCAGAUUGGUUUCACAAGGGUCAGCGUGUGGAUGUGCGGUCCAAUAGCCGCGGUAUGGGUUUCGCAGGAGGUAUGAAGAGACAUGGUUUCGCUGGUCAGGAGGCGUCGCACGGUAACUCUCUCAACCAUCGUACGAUCGGUACCGUCGGUCCAUCGCAAGGAAGCGGUUCGAGAGUCCUGCCUGGAAAGAAGAUGCCUGGAAGGAUGGGCAACGAACGAGUCACCGUCCAGAAUCUUCCGGUAUUGAAGGUGGACAACGAGUUGGGGAUCGUGGUGGUCAAGGGAGCAGUGGCUGGACCUAAGGGCGCACUUGUCAAGAUCCAGGAUGCUGUCAAGAGGCCACCCCCUACACAGGAAUUCAUCGACAAGAUGAACCAGACUCUCAUGGAGCGGUUCCCGAAGGCAGUGGAGCAGCUCGGACUUGCAAGGCGAAAGCAUCUGGAACUGAAGAAUCUGAGGAAAGAAGGCAGGAUAGAGGAGGUAAUGCCAGCAGGGUUGUCAGCAUAG